UCCACUGUCUGGUUGAGACACCAGAAGGAUCUGUUACGCGAUGCAGCUACUCAGAACAAGUUGAUGCUAGCUGGUGAUGGAAGAGCAGACAGUCCGGGCGGGAUUCAGUGCCAAAUAUGGAUCAUACAGCCUGAUUGAUCUUUCCAAGGACAAAGUGAUAAUCCUUGAAUUAAUCCAGUCAAAUGAAGUAGGUGGCAGCCAUUAUAUGGAGAAACAAGGCCUUGACCAAGCACUGACCAGCCUUAUGGAACAUGGCAUAUCAGUAGAUGUCCUUGUUACAGAUCGCCAUUGCCAGAUCAAGAAGUGGAUGAGGGAACAGCAUGCAGAUAUUGCCCACUAUUUUGAUGUUUGGCAUGUUGCCAAAGGAAUCAAGAAGAAACUAAUAGCCCUGGCAAAGGAAAAGGACUGUUCUACUUUACGGCCAUGGAUAAAAAGUAUCUCGAACCAUGUACACUGGACAGCAGCAUCGACUCCUGAUGGAAAUGGAGAUGUUAUGGUAUCCAAAUGGUAUUCACUUCUGCACCACAUAAGCAACAUUCAUUCGGGACAUGAUGGCCCAUUCACAGAGUGUGAACAUGGACCACUUGAAGGUGAAGACAGGGACAAUCUUUGGUUGAAACCAGGAACAAAAGUAUUUUCGAUGCUGGAAAAUAUUGUUGAGAAAAACAUUCUACUGAAGGAUAUUAGAAAGCUGUCUCCUGUCCAUCAGACAUCAUCAAUUGAAUCAUUCCAUAAUGUCAUCAACCAUUUUGCGCCAAAGAUGUUCCCAUUUUCAUACAUGGGAUUGUUAUGCAGAAUUACCCUUGCUGCACUUCAUUUCAAUGAAAAUGCAAGAAGAGCACAGGCAAAAACGGCAUUGGGAAAUCUGCGCUAUAAGCUACAGUUUCCACGGUACGCACCAGGUGAAUGCCGUGCAAAGCCUAUCAAAGUGGAACGAUCUUACAAUUAUGUUGAAGAGAUCAUGACCUUGGUUAACCAGACAGCUAGCCAUAUUAACCUCACAUCCCAAAGACCGGCUAUUGACACCCCUCCACCACUGACAGCCGCAUAUGAAAAGCCAUUAAAGGAUGAUGUAGUGAAAGCACACAAGAAAAGAUUUGCCAAAAAAUAAAACUUUAUUUAGUCAUCAAUUCUAGGGUAUUGAAAGCCAGAAUACUCCCUGGAAACAAAUGUUUUUCUGAUGAUUGCGUAUGUGCAUGCUGGCAGGGGUACACGUACUUUUUGACCAAGAUAUCCCCAACAGAACCUAACGAAUUGUCUAUAUGCAGCAUAUCUGUAUUUUCUGUGGAAAAAGAAAGAAAAACCUAUAACAAAACUGUGUAUAAGGAUAACAGUUAUAAAUAAUUAUGUCCUAAGUGGAAUAAAUCUUAAUACUUUUGUAUGUACAAAAGUGUUAUACCAAGUUUGUCAUUGUAUUCAUUACCUUUGCUAAUUUUUUUCUCUAAAAGCCUUUUAUCCAUAAAUAUUUCAUUCAUUAGUAAAUCCAUGACCCAGAUUGAGAAAAAAGACAGUGGUAUAAUUAUAAAAAUACAAGUGCCAGUUUGUGAUGAUAUCACAGAACGGCUUGACAUAACAAGCGAAGAUCAAUAAAUUUUUAGUCUGAACAGGUAAAUAGGAAAUUCAACUGCUAAUAUCAUGCACAAUAUUGAAGGUCAUUUUUAAAGAGAUCAUUAGCUAUUUAGCUUGUAAUUUAAUACAGUAAUGCUCUAAUUACACCCCCAUCCCCAGUUACGAGUACCAGCUGUGAUAAUAAAUGUGUGUACAAUAUUUAUGAAAACUGUUGAAACUGUUUUUAUAUGUGUAUAUAUAUAUAUAUAUAUACACACACACUCGUAUUUGUAUUAGGUGUUUUUUUUUUUUUUUGGGGGGGGGGGGGGGG